GGGCGGGCUCUGAGGUCCCGUCACUUCCGUUUCCGAUCCCGUAUGAACUCUCCCGCCAUCUGAGGAAAGUGCCGUUUGGGGGUUUGUGUGUUUCGUAUUUUGUGUGGUUGCAGGUAACGAGAUGCAGUUUUCUCGAGCAAAUUGGAAAAGACUGAGGUUGACAGGUGACCAAAGGAAUGUUUGCUACCCUCAUAGCCUUCAGUUUUACUUGGAGCCACCUUCUGAAAGCAUAUCGUUGAUCGAAUUUGAAAGCUUGGCUAUCGAUAGAGUUAAAUUGCUAAAAGCAGUUGAAAAUCUUGGUGUGAGCUAUGUGAAAGGAACUGAGCCAUACCAGAGUAAGUUGGAGAGUGAGAUAAGAAGGCUCAAGUUUUCCUUCAGAGAAAGCUUAGAGAAUGAAUAUGAACCACGAAGGAAAGAUCAUAUUUCUCACUUUAUUUUACGCCUUGCUUAUUGCCAGUCUGAGGAUCUUAGACGCUGGUUCAUUCAACAAGAAAUGGAUCUCCUUCGAUUUCGAUUCAGUAUUUUACCCAAGGACAAAAUUCAGAAUUUCUUAAAGGAUAGCCAUUUGCACUUUGAGGCUAUAAGUGAUGACGAGAAGAAGCUCCGAGAACCAGAGAUUCUUGCUUCAUCACCCAGUUUGAGUGGAUCUAAGGUAGACUGGGAGUCGGAGUCAGUUUAUAAGAUCCCUUUUGCUGAUGCUCUGGAUUUAUUCCGAGGAAGAAAAGUCUAUUUGGAAAGUGGCUUCGCUUAUGUACCACUUAAAGAUAUUGUGGCAAUCGUCCUGAAUGAAUUCAGAGCCAAACUGUCCAAGGCUUUGGCAUUAACAGCCAGGUCCUUGCCUGCUGUGCAGUCGGAUGAGAGACUUCAGCCUCUACUUAACCACCUCAGUCAUUCUUACACUGGUCAAGAUUACAGCACACAGAAAAAUGCUGGGAAGAUUUCUUUGGAUCAGAUUGAUUCGCUUUCUACCAGAUCCUUCCCACCUUGCAUGCGUCAGUUACAUAAAGCCUUGCGGGAAAAUCACCAUCUUCGUCAUGGAGGCCGGAUGCAGUAUGGCCUCUUCCUGAAGGGCAUUGGUUUAACACUGGAACAGGCAUUGCAGUUCUGGAAGCAAGAAUUUAUCCGAGGAAAGAUGGACCCAGACAAGUUUGAUAAAGGCUACUCUUACAAUAUCCGUCAUAUCUUCGGAAAGGAAGGCAAAAGGACAGACUAUACGCCUUUCAGUUGCAUGAAGAUUAUUUUAACCAAUCCACCAAGCCAAGGGGAUUAUCAUGGGUGCCCAUUCCGUCACAGCGAUCAGGAGCUGCUGAAACAGAAGUUGCAGUCCUACAAGAUCUCUUCCGGAGGGAUUCACCAGAUCUUGGAUUUAGUAAAAGGGACACAUUACCAAGUGGCCUGUCAGAAGUACUUCGAGAUGAUACAUAACGUGGAUGAUUGUGGCUUUUCUUUGAGCCAUCCUAACCAAUUCUUUUUUGAGAGCCAACGGAUUCUAAGUGGUAAUAAAGACAUCAGGAAGGAAUCCAUCCAACCAGAAACUCCUCAACCCAAACCAGGUGUCCAGAAAGCCAAGGAUGCGUCAUCUGCUCUGGCCUGUCUAAAUUCCUCUCUGGAAAUGGAUAUGGAAGGACUAGAGGAUUACUUCAGUGAAUGAUUCUUAGGCAGUUGGGAACCCUUUUCUUCACUAACUUUCCUCUCUUACUUUCAAGAUUUUGCUUGUUUCUUUUUUAACCUCUUAGUCUACUUCUUCUACUGCUCCCCAGUUCAUCCCCUGGAAAGGAGGCUUGUGGGUAAAAACUAAGCCUUCCGCUAUAUUUUCCUUUGGCAAAAAAGAAAAGGAAAAAUUUCUUUUGAAAUCAGACAGUUGCGUGGUGUGAUCUAAGUCCUGUUUUAGGAAAUAAAACAGCUAUCUAAACUGGUUACACUCCCCCAGAGACAAUAGAACUAAAAACAACUCUUAUUUUAAACCUUAUUGCUAUAAUUUUUACUCAAACCUUUUCUGGAGCAUUUUUGUUAAUAAAUAUCAAAAUGUGUAUAGUGUAUUUGUAUGUAAUUGCAAGAGUCAGAUCAUGAGAGAAGGUGUCCAAGAGGGUGGUAUAGGAAGACCCUGACUUCUCCUCCUACCCAGGACAUACCCAAUCUCCACCUACACAUACAGAAGUUCUUCCUGAAAAACUAAAGGCUGAUUACAUCUUCUGUACCACAAAAGGUAGAGGGGCCACACAGAUGGGGUAGAAGAGUUGGAGACACAGUAAUGAUGGGAACCCUACCCUCAGUGCUACAAACUGUAGUGGCGGGGGGUAGCACUUAAGGACUCAGGUGCAGAUUCGCCCAGCUUGGGGCACAGAAAAAAACAAAGUGACUUAAAGACCAGUUAGACUGUAAGUGAAGGAAUUACAUUAUUAACCCUAGAGCAUCUGAGCAGUAGGGGAACUGCUGGAAAUUGUCUCCAGGAUCAGAGGUGCUGGUGAGCAAUACUGUUUAUGUUUGCUUCCACUUUGAUAGUGUAUACAGGAGCAGCAUCUUGGCGCACUAGCUAACCUGCCGCCUCAGUGAGCCUUGGGUCUCUAGGACACCCCAGCUCCAGCCAUCCUACCAAAACUGCCCCAGUAUGGCAUACAUCAGGACAUCCCUGGGCUGUGCCCACUAUACAUCAGCCAUCUUGCCAAGGUGGCCCAGGUGCAAAGCAUGCUGGGAUGCCCCUAGGCAGUACUGGCUUCAGCUCUAGCCACCCCACCAGGGCAGCCCCAGUUUGGAUAAAGCCCUGGCCCACACCUGCUCUAGGUCUAGCCAUUCUGCUAGGGUUGCAGCAGUAUAGAGCACCCCAAGAUCCCCUGGCCAUACCUAAUUCAGCUCCAGCUAUCCAGGCCAAGGCAGCCCUGGCACAGUAUGCUUCAGGAACCCAAGCCUGCACCUCUCCCAGCUCCAGCCAGCCAAUCAAAGCCACCAAACACGCAGUCUAUACAGGACCACUCCUUCAAGACUCAGAGAGGUGGUAGUUUCCCUUAAUUCAUAGCAAUGGGGAAAGUAAAAAAAAAAAUGAGACUGAGGAAUAUGCUGAAAGAAAA